CUCGAUGGAUUUUGCAUUCUGGUUCAUGUCAAAAGAAAUAAUAUAAACACGAUAAUUUCUCCCACUAUAAAUUUCAUGAGAUAUGCUGAAAAUGUUCAGUUCUGAAGCAGGUUCAAAGGCAAGCGGGUGUUUUUAGCUUCAUCUAAAACUAUAUAAAAAUUUGCAAUAAAAAUCCAGAGCUUGAUGGCUUAUACGACAAAUCUUUUAAUAUGCACUACUCUGCUGUUAAUUUUUUCAAUUGCAACAAGCGCUGAUGAUGACGCACCUACAGUAGAAACCCAGGAGGGGUUUGUGAGGGGUACCUACUUAAUCUCAAGAAAUGGACGACUUUUCGACGUUUUUAGGGGUAUACCUUACGCCCAGCCUCCUGUAGGAGAUUUAAGAUUCAAGGCACCACAGCCAGUGGAUAAAUGGGAUGGUAUUCGAGAUGCAACAAAGGAAGGUCCUGUCUGCAUCCAGAAGAAUUAUCUUUUCGCCAAUCCUGGAGUUGAAGGAGUAGAAGACUGUUUAUAUUUGAACGUUUACGUGCCAAGGGUUUCUGACAAAAGUAAACUGCUGCCAGUGAUGGUGUCUAUCCAUUGGGGUGGCUAUUUUGCGGGUAGGGGUAAUAAAGACUUUUUUGGACCGGAAAAAAUAAUGGACAAAGAUGUAGUUUUGGUGACGUUCAACUACAGAUUAGGCGUUAUGGGACUUUUUUCCACUCUUGACGACGAGGCUCCUGGUAACAAUGCUUUGAAAGACCAAGUGGCUCUCCUCAGAUGGAUACAAAGAAAUAUCAAGUGUUUUGGAGGCGACCCUGACAAAGUAACUCUGUUUGGAAACAGCGCUGGUGCGAGCUCUGCCCAUCUACACAUGGUUAGCCCCCUUUCCAAAGGCCUCUUUCACAGAGCCAUCAGCCAAAGCGGUUCUGGGCUAGCUUUGUGGUCCACCCCCUUGAAUGAACUUCACAAACAAAUAGGGCCCCUGCAAGGGCUUUACUUCCAAUGCAACACGUCGACCUCGAAGAAUCUAGUAGAAUGCCUCAGAAAAAUUGACGCGAAAGAUUUAGUAAAAUCAGGAGAUGCAUUCAAGUAUUUCUCUGUUGAUCCGCUAUCAAUCUACACCGUAGUGACAGAAAAUCAGACUGAAAGAAACCCAGAACCAUUCAUGACCAAACUGCCCAAAGAUUCCAUUUUGGAAGGAAAUUUCUACAGCGUGCCUUGGAUUAUUGGAACUGUCCAAAACGAAGGGAACUUGAGGGCCAGCGCGCUCAUAAGGCAAAGUUUUACUAGGCGGACGUUGAACAAGUUAUUCGCAGAUUUGAUGGUGAAAGAAAUGUAUUACUCAGUGAGUGUCCCACCAUCUGAGACCAGAGAAUUGUACAAGAAAGCUCAGAAACUUUAUAUGGGAGGGGAAGAAUUUGUGAACAUCACUAAUCCGAGAAAUAUUCAAGGCUUCAUUGAUUUAUGGAGUGAUCGAUCUAUGAAGUACCCAUUUUACCAAUCUGUCAUGUUACACGCAGGCGUUGGCAGUAAGCCCAUUUGGGCUUAUAGUUUCGAAUACAGAGGAAGACAAUCUUACGAAGAUAUAUGGGCUGCAACAAACGAAACUAUUGACUUCGAUUGGGGCGUGACCCACUGUGAUGAUUUACUCUAUCUGUUCAAUUCUCCUGCAUUAUUCCCCAAAAACGAUGAUCCCAUAGACAAGGAAAUGAGUGAAAUACUCCUAGAUAGGUGGACCAACUUUGCGACCAACGGCAAUCCUCAGAGAAGUUCCCUGAAGAACUACUGGCCUAGCGUAAACUUCACUGGACUGAACAACAUGAAGAACGAUAAUCUGUACAUUCUGAACAUCACAGGAUCGUCUACUGGUGGACAGAUCAUGGAAACUGUGCAAAAAGGAUUCUUCAAAGAAAGGAUGCAUUUCUGGGCGUCAGAAAAAUUAUGGGAGAACUUCGAAGGACUGGAAAAUUUCCCAAUCAAAAGAAAAAUGAUAUGGUCCCUGCUACUCCUUUACCUUCAUGUAUCAACCUCGUCCUCGUGUAGGACAGACAUGGACCCUACAACAAUCACAACGAAUGGAAGGGUUGUGGGAAUCAACAUGCUUUCAAGGAAAGGACGCACCUUUUCUGCUUAUCGUGGAAUUCCAUAUGCAAAACCACCUGUGGGACCCUUGAGAUUCAAAGAACCGAGGGAACCAGAAAAAUGGAAUCACACCUUAUUCGCUACAGAGGAUGCUCCUAAGUGUGCUCAGAAGAAUUAUCUUUUUGGCAACCAGAUGGUAGAGGGUUCGGAGGAUUGUUUGUACAUUAAUGUCUAUACGCCGGUGUUGGAUCUCCAUAAAUCUCCCAAGAAAUUACUUCCAGUAAUGGUUUUCAUCCACUGGGGAGGAUUUUUCACUGGUACUGCCAGAAGUGAUUAUCUGGGACCUGAAUACUUGAUGGACAAAGAUGUUGUUCUCGUGACUUUCAACUACAGACUUGGCGUAUUAGGUUUUUUCUCAACUUAUGACGAUGCAUCACCAGGUAAUUUCGGACUGAAAGACCAAAACCUAGCGCUUCGUUGGGUUAAGAAAAAUAUAAAACAUUUUGGAGGCAGCAGUCGUAAAGUAACUCUAUUCGGACAAAGUGCUGGUGGAGCGAGUGUACAUUACCAUAUGUUGAGCAAGAGUUCCAGAAAUCUUUUUCAAAGGGCUAUAAGUGAAAGUGGAACAGCCCUGGCUUUAUGGGCACAACCUGUUCCGGGUUUGGGCAAAGAAUUAUCGCAAAUACAGGCUAAAUUGGUUGGUUGUGGAGAAACCAUCGGAAAUUCCUCAGAUUUAGUGGAUUGUCUCAGAAGGGUACCUGUGGAAAUCCUGUUGAAGAGUGGCGAUCAGUUCAAGUUUUUCUCUGUAGACCCCCUUUCCAUCUAUCAACCGGUCGUGGAGACAGAAACUCGAAGAAACACGAAUCCCUUCCUGACAAAACCUCCCUUAAAUUACAUAAACGAUGGAGAUUUCAUGAAAAUUCCUUGGAUUGUUGGACUUGCAUCUGAUGACGGACUAAUCAGAUCAUCAGCGUUGUGGUUCCACGAAGAUCUCAGAAACAAACUGAUCUCAAGAUUCGACGAACUGAUGCCCAAAUUGAUGGCGUUGAAUUUGAGCGUGAUGAAGGAUAAGAUCGAAUUGGUGUGGAAGCAGAUAAAAGAGUUUUAUUUCACGAGCAAAGAGGGAAGAACCGACACGCAAAACAAUAUCAUAAGAGGGUUGACGGAUUUAUACAGCGAUAGGUCUUUUCAUUAUUCUACCUACCAGUCGACGUUGUUGCAUUCGAAGAAGGGUCAUAAACCAAUUUGGUUCUUCAACUUCGCUUAUAGGGGCGAGCACAGUUAUGAAUCAGUGUUUUCUGGAGUCAAUCACACCAAUUGUAGUUACAGAGCCAGUCAUUGCGAUGACCUUUUAUAUUUGUUCAGAUCAAAUGCUUUUUUCCCGAAUUUGACGAAUGGUAACGACCAAAGGAUGAUUGACAAAAUGGUUGAAAUGUGGACUAAUUUCGCAACUUACAGCCAUCCCACACCGCCUAACAACCGCAGAAACAUCGAAUGGCAUCCCAUAUCGAAUUGGAAGGAGCCAAGCGAAUACGAAAUAAUGAAAAAUAUCACUUACCUCGAUAUAAAUGGGAUAUACACUAACGAGAGUUCCCUUUCAUUCCGAAUGAAAACAGGCGUAUUCAACGACAGAUUGCAAUUUUGGGAACAACUGCCCCUAUUUGAAAACAUACGAGUUCUAGAUCAGAAUCAUCAAGACUUAUAAGGUUGAAAAAAAAUAGACGAUUAACUUUUUUUUAGUGAAACACGAAACGUUCUUUCAGGAAAUCUUUGUUGGAACUUUCGAGAGAAUGUUAAUUUGAGGUUUCAAAGCCCAUAUUUGGAAAAAUAUAUCCUAAAAAAAUAUUUUUUAGGAUCCCAAAUUCCGAUUUUAACUUUUUUCUGAGGUUAUGAAAAAUCUCUUCAAAUUAAUAUCGUAAUCAGUGAAAAACUGAAGAUCUCAAGAUAUCUGUGAUUAUAGCAAUAUUAUCAGGGACAAAUAAUUAGACUUUAAUCAUAUUUCAUAGUUUCUUGGCAUAUCGUUAUCCGUAUAAUUUUAAGGUUUACUUGAAUAUGUAUUCAUGCAGUUAUAAUCAAUAUAAUACGUAGCCUUGAUAAUUAUUUUUUAUGUAAAGACGCAAUAAUUUAAUAAAGGACCAUUUGAUCAUAUGA